AUGAUUAAUGAAUGGGUUAAAAAUGUUGAAAAUGGACUGCCAUCUGUUAGACCAGUACGGUCUGACAAACCCAUAUCUCCUUCAAAAUUUUUUUCAAUUUUUCAUAUUUUAACACCAGCUAAGUUUUUUGAUUCUUUGUUUACAGUAGGAAAUGUACAAACGAUUAUGCCCAACAAACCGUUAUCAAAAAAUGAAGAAGCCAAAAAAUUUAACAAAUUAACAGCAACAUUUGGAAAAUAA